UGAGAACAAUACCGUACUUCUCAUAGUUUGGUUUAAGAAAGGUAUGAAAGUCGACCAAGUCCCGUCGCACCGACUUUUUCUUCUCGGUUACAAUGGAUUCGUUUCGCGACGCGAAGAAGAAGGAAAGCAGCGAUGACGAAUAUUGCUCUUCAUCGAGUGAUUACUCUUCAUCGGACGAGGAGUCGUAUUUUUCCGAAAGAUCAUCGUCGGUUUCGCCUAUGCACCGAGCGACAAGAGAGGGAGAUGGUAGCGUCUUCUCUCGGUUGUCUUCGUCAAUGAGACACCGGAGAGCAAAUGGUGUGAUGCGGCUCAAGGAGCAUGGCGACGAAUACAAACAUGAAUAUGAAUAUGAACACGACGGCGGCUAUAAUUCCUCGAGUGACGCGUCUUCCUCCAAGACUAGGAGAAGAAAAAGAGGUCGUGGAGGAACUACCGGGACAUCCUUUCAUUGGUCCAGCCGGCUUUUGGCAGUGUCGUUGUUUGUUUGGUUCGGCGUUCAAAUCACUACAACUGAAUACGCUCAGCAAUUGUCGCUGCAGCAAAUCGAUACCGACAACAUCCACAAUAGUCAAGGCACUCACCAUUACCGCCAUAACAUCGGCUUUGACAAUCUCCACCGGCCAAUUCGCAACGAUGAUAGGAAAAAGGGUCCACCGCGCCCUCACCGACCUCUACCAAAGCAACACAAAGACAAAGAAAAGCUGAAGCCGGGCUGCGAACUCGAUCCAGAGUGGCAAACUCCUAACUCCAACUCAAGGUUGUUGUCCUGCCAAUUGCUGCACGAAUUAGAUAUUUCGGAGGCCUUGUCCACCAAAAGUAGUGGAAGGCGACGCCAUCUGUCGCCGUCUGCUCACUUGGGAAAUGGAUUGUGGCGGGACGUCUGGAAAAUUCCAGACGGCAACCCCAACACCACCAACAAUACGAGCUACGUUGUACUGAAAACGAUGAAACUCGAACACGACGUGAUUGAUCGAAACCUGGAGAGGCACCGUCGCGAAGCCGCGACCAUGAAUCGCUUGACGAGCAGUCCCUACGUUGCCGACCUAUACGCGUACUGCGGAAACUCGAUCUUGACCGAGUUUGCCUCCCAGGACCUGAGGUACGCAUUGAAUCCGAGUGAGAAACACGAUGACCACGAUAGCCGCAACCAACAAAUUAAAAGGAUCAAGGAGGCAAACCGAGAGCGACGCGCACAAGAGUUUAGGGAGUCGGAACACGUUAGAAGCAACAACAAUACCACGGAACAUCGCAAAACUCACGGACAUGGGAACCACCGCAAACACGACAGGGAUGUGUCGCAAUCUCUUCCGUCAUCAGGGUCGCAGAAAGACUCACUACUAUCAUCCUCCAAAUUGCCGCUCGUUACACGGCUUGAAUUGGCUUUACAAGCAUCCAAAGCCGUCGCCGAAUUGCAUCAAUCGGAUGUUAUUCAUGCGGAUAUCACUGCAAACCAAUUUUUGGUGAUCGGGACCACAGGGGCGAGCAAUCCAAUCGAAGGCGAUUAUGACGGCGGCAACGACUAUGGUAUUCGGAUCAAGAUCAACGACUUCAACCGUUGCCGUUUCGUUCCGCAACAACGAAAYAACAGUACAGCCACGGAUCUCGUCUCCGAUGGUUCCGAAGGAAGGGUUUUGCACGAGGGUGCCAAGAAGUGCACGAUUCGAAUAAGCUCAUCGCCGGGUACCUACCGGUCGCCGGAAGAAUACUCCGACAGAGAGUUGACAACUCAGAUGGACGUGUUUUCGUUGGGACAUGUGCUGUACGAGAUUUGGACCGGGGGGCAGCGUCCUUGGCAGGAUGUGGUAGGGGGACAGCGAAUCAAAAACAUGGUUAAGGAUGGAGAGUUACCUAUCGAAUUGAAAAAAAUAGAAAAUUGGGGUUCCUCGGACAAACCAGGAACACGAGGCACAGUUGCAGCUACCAAAAACCAAGACGCCGAUGAUCUUGCAUUUGGUCGAAUCAUCAGGGAUUGUUAUUGGGUCGAUCCCAAUAGACGCAUCAACGCGAAUGGAUUGGUUCGAGAGCUAACAAAACUUCUCGAUAGUGUUCGAGAGAAGAAUGGUUCAGACAAAACAGACUGACAAUCAUUCCAUUUUCGAAGCAAGGAAUGCCUACGGUUCAUUUGAAUUGCUAUGAAUGUUUGACAAAGAGUAAGCGAUUGCUCUGAAAGAAAGACUCUUUGGUUUGAUGUAAAUGAAAUUCCAUCAGGUCCCGACUAGAAUAGAAGACGUCAUUUUUAUAUUGCAUGCUGAAUGCCAUCAUGCCUUGGUUUAUUCAUCUAGUAUUUACAUGCAAUCUGCUUUUGCAACAGCAGCAACAACAAUAGCAACAAAACAACAACAACUGUUAGUGAAAAACCACCUGCCGCAACCUUUUUGGGACUUGCGUACACUGUAUUGCUGGAAAGUAGUAGCCAUMAGAUAUUUUAUGUUUUACCUACUACUGUAAUACAAUGUACUAAUACUGAUACUUAAGCAGUACCGUACGGGAUCGUACGCAUUAAAUUACAGGACAAGUA